AUGGCCAUCAUGAGCAAUCAUCCAUAUAGACAGCAAUUUUAUUCGGGGCAGGAAGUGUUUCUGCCCUCGAACCCUAUGAGCCAGAGCCAGAGCCAAAAUCUGAGCCAACAGGGCCAACAGAGCCAGAAUCCGGCCAAGCUUCAAAGUUCAAAGUCUUCUCCGUUGAUUUCGAAACCUACGGAACCUGCCUAUAUUCCCGGCCAGUUUGACUUCAAACUAAGCGGCGAAAGAGUUCACAGACCACCUCACUUCUCAUCAGCGGUGAUUCAGCCGAUACCUUCACCAAAAGUUGAACGUGCCCCUCAGCAUAUUGAGCCCUCGAGGCCGAAAUCUUCGUAUAAGGUUGAAAUUGCUCAGCCCAAAGAAGUGUUUAAGAGUGUUUCCCCCGAUUCAAUAGAGAGGACUGAGAGGGCUUCUCCACCAAAGGCGGCCUCUCCGCCAAAGGCAGUCUCUCCACCAAAGGCAGCCACUCCAGUGGACUCUCCAGUGGUAUCCAGGGUUAACACUGCAGUCAUGUCACCCACAUUUGGCACAAAUGUGGCCAAAGGCUCAGAGCUGUCGGUGGACUCUUUGAACCAGGCCACUAGCGUGUCAUCGCCGCGGAAUAUUUCACUUUCUCCUAAUUUCACGGGCAGUUCUACAGAGUUGCGGUCUCAAACCUCGGGAUUGAGAGCUCAGUUACCUAAUGGAGCCACAGUUGAGUCUUACAGAAAGAACGCGAAGAAAUCCAACGAUCCUGCGGUGCUUUUCGACUAUGCUAAGUACAUGCUCGGCCUCGGACUGUCGGUCGACGAAAGUGCAUUUGUCAGUUCCGCUCCCGAGUCUAGGAAUACACAUUCCAAGAGCGCAUCUAGAACAUCGCUUCUUGGUCUGGGGAACUCGUCUUCAUUAAGCCAUAACAGUGCGGACUUUCAGAGCUGCGAGAGCGGCGCCGAGCUCAGCAAAGCAUACCUCAAGGAAAGUCGCUAUUACCUCAAAAAGCUGAGUGAUAAGGGAUACAUGGAAGCACAGUACAUUCUUGGAGAUGCAUACACAAGUGGAAUUUUUGGAAAAGUAGAAAACAAACUUGCGUUCGUGCUGUUUCAGAGCGCUGCCAAGCACGGCCACAUAGAGAGCUCAUACCGCACUUCAGUGUGCUACAGAGAGGGUCUUGGGACCAAUCGCGAUGCAAGACGUGCGGUCGAAUUCCUCAAGAUUGCCGCAAGUAGAAAUCACUCUGUGGCCAUGAUGGAACUGGGGAUAUACUGCUUUUACUCCAAGAUGGGCCUGCCGGAUGACGUGAAUACCAAGAAGCAGGGCAUCAAGUGGCUGACUCGGGCAACCGAUAACGCCAGCGAAUUGAGCUGUGCUGCUCCAUAUGAGCUUGCUAAUAUUCUUUGGAACGGGUUCAGAGAUAUUGUCAUUGCAGACCAGCAGUACGCCAUAAAGCUGUAUUUUAGAGCGGCCGAAUUGGGCCACAUCCGAUCGAACUACCUCUUGGGAAGUUUCUACGAAACGGGAAAGAUAGUGGAGCCCAAUGCGGACCUGUCAAUUUACUACUACAAUGUUGCAGCAAUCAACGGAGACGUUGACGCAAUGGUGUCGCUGUGCUCGUGGUAUCUGGUAGGCUCCGAUAACCUGCCUCGUGACGAAGAUGAGGCGUUUUCGUGGGCUCUAAGGGCAGCAGAGUGUGGAAUGGGAAAAGCACAGUUUAUCGUGUGCAAAUUCUACUACAAAGGCAUUGGCUGUGACAAGGACCUGAACCAGAGCUACGAAUGGCUAACGAAAAGUGCCAAUGGCGGGUUCGAGAUGGCCGUAAAGAAGAAGAAAGAACUCGACUCCAAAAGGGGAGAGAAUAAAGAUUGCAUUAUUGUCUAG